AUGGAUACAGAGCCUCAACCGGCGCCCGAAUCGCUAUUCCGGCCGGUCAAGAGACGAAAGUUCCUGCGACGUCGUCCAGAUCACGAACAGGAAGACAUUGAAUUGAACGAUGAUAGCGGUCGCGAUACAAAGAGCUCUACGUCACAAACACCCCAAGAAAUAGAUGACGUUGUUCGCCUUCGACGGCCUCAAAGGACUCGGAAAGGUGGUAUCGAGUUCUCAACGACCGGUUCGCGCCAGACCGCCGACAACGACGCUCAAGCUGUAGCACAGCGGUCCGCAGAAGAGACUGAAGAUGAGAGACUACGAGCAAUGUGUGAUCGAUUCACCGCACAUACGGGGCAAACAGUGGACGUGGAUAAGCACAUGAUGGAUUAUAUAGAGACCGAAAUGGCUAAGCGUUAUCGGCGUGAUAUGCCCAAAGAUACCUCCAAUUCAGAAGCUACUGCGAACGAAGCUAUCUGCGGAUCGGCCGGUAGCACCAACUUUGCGCGGCGUGAACCAGCGACUCUUGGUAAAUUACACGAGAUCGAUCUCGGUCAGGAGACAAAGCUACAGAAUAUCGCACGAACAGAGGCCGCGACGAGGCGACUAGCAGGAAGUAGUGAUGAAACAGCAGCAACGCCCGCGGAAAAUGCCAGUGAGAAAACUGCAGUCGAACAAGACAGGAAAACUUGGCGAGAUCGCAAAGGGCGAAGCAGCAGAGAUAUUGAACGAGAUCGACUGGUUGAAGAAGUGUUGCGGGAGAGCAAAUUGGAUGUAUAUGAUGAACCGGACGAUGAGCCACGAAUGGAUGAUAUGGCGGCCGAUGACCGCAUUGCCGAACAAUUCCGGAGAGACUUUAUGGAUGCGAUUCAAUCACGGCGGCGGGUGGCACGGCAGAAGAACACGACAACUGCCAAGGCGGCCAAGCCAGAGGCGACCAAAGGACCCAAACUUGGGGGGAGUCGGAGUGCAAGAGCAGCGAUGCGGGAAUCUCAGAAGACUCAGAAAUGA